AUGGACGGCUACGAGGCCCUGGAAUCCAUCGGUUCCGGAUCCUUUGGCUUGAUUCGCAAAGUCAGGAGAAAAGCCGACGGCAAGAUCUUGGCGAGAAAGGAGAUCGACUAUCGUAAAAUGAGCACAAAGGAGAAGGAACAACUUGUAGCGGAAGUCAACAUCUUGAAGGACCUCAAGCACCCAAAUAUUGUCGAGUUUCUAGAACGCGUCAUCGACCGGGAGCACAGCUUCAUCUACAUUCUCAUGGAAUACUGCGAAGGUGGGGACCUUGCAGCAGUGAUCAAGCGGCAUAAGGAAAGAUCGAUUCCUAUACCGGAAGAGUUCGUUUGGGGCAUCAUGACGCAAUUGGUUUUGGCAUUGCACGAGUGUCACUGUGGCAUAGCAAAGAACGGGGAUUCCAACGAGUUGACACCGCGACCCAUUCUUCAUCGGGACUUGAAGCCUGACAAUGUAUUCUUGGACGCUAAGAAGAACGUCAAAUUGGGAGACUUUGGACUAUCUCGAUCGCUUACGAAUCCGCAAAUGGCCUUUGCGCAAACAUAUGUUGGGACACCCUUCUACAUGUCUCCUGAGCUCAUCAGCGAGUCCGUAUAUGAUGUGAAGUCGGAUAUUUGGUCUUUGGGCUGCGUCGUAUUCGAGAUGUGUGCACUAGAGCCGCCUUUCCUCGCCGAUACGCAGGCCGCGCUUUCUUUAAAGAUUAAGAUGGGUAGGAUCCAGAUGUUGCCAGCUCAAUAUUCUCAGGAGUUGAAUAUGGUUGUUAGAGCCAUGUUACAAGUCAAUCCAAAGAGGCGGCCGACCACAACGGAUUUACUCGCAAAUCCGAGGAUCAAAAACAUCAGCGUUCAGCUCGAACUAAAGCGAAAGUACGUUAAACAAUGGACGACAUGGACCAAGUCGCUCAGGGACUAUCAGGAAUGGAUUAAAUUCUUAUUGUCUACCUUCUCUUGA